GGAACCCUGACCAAUCUUGGGUAAAAUCGCUUAGAACCCUGCUGUGGAAUUUCGCCCACACAACUUUCGCAGCAUCGACUAAAUUUGUCUCGUUGAACGUUGACUUCUUUCCCUCUACAACCAACCCAGAGUCACCCAUCAAUACCGACAAGAUGCCUCAGGAAAUCGCAGAUAUCAAGAAGUUCAUCGAGAUCUGCCGGCGAGAGGACGCUAAGUCCGCCCGGAUCAAGAAGAACAAGAAGUCGUCGCAGACCAAGUUCAAGGUCCGAUGCUCCAAGCACCUCUACACCUUGAUCCUCAAGGACUCCGACAAGGCCGAGAAGUUAAAGCAGAGCUUACCCCCGAACCUAUCGAUUAAGGAGGUUCCCAAGAAGAACAAGAAGGGCAAGCACACGGCAUAAGCAUGUAACCAUGCUUCCGGGGUGAUAGAAGAAAACUACCAAUCGCAACUGGGGAUGUCUCAGUACGAUGGAUGGAAAUAGGGUCUACAAACGCGGUCAUCGAGAGCCGAUGAGGUGAUGCAUAUUGCUUGGGGUCUGGCUGGCAUGUUCAUGAGGCGGCGUCUAAAGGAUACCUUCCCGAAUUGAUAUUCUCGAGCACGAAAAGGAGCUUGUAGACAACAAUUCAUAACAAUUGCACAAAAAAA